AUUUUCAUUGGCUAAGUGAUCAGUAUACUGACCAAUCAUUAGUCAUUCUGAAUUCGCCCACAAAACCCUAAAGAUACCCAGGAGAAUGGCAGACGGCCGAGAAACGUCGCAGCGCCGCGACAAUGCCAGUGGGAAGCAGUUGGCGACACAGGAUAGCGAGGAUGACAACGAUGACGACGAGAAGAAGGGAGAAUUGGAGAGCAGUAGCAGCCCCAGCAGCAGUGGGGACAGCAUCAACAAGGACGAACGAAGUAUUGGCAACAAGCGCCGAUCCAGCAGACACAAGAGCGACGACAGCAGCAGCGCGCUGUCCUUGCCGAACUCAUUUGAUGAUUUCACACCUGUCACAACUCCAGCUGUGUCGCCGGCGCCCAGUCGUCUGCGGACAUUUGACGCAGAGCUGAAGCGACCACCUCCAGUGCGAACAGCUUCGUCGGCUUCGUUCAACAAUGCAACCAACGGACAGCGAAUCCCAGAUGCCAUGCGCAAGUUCUACGAGGUACAAGUAGACAAGAUGCGAAAGCAACUGGCAGCCGUCUUGGAGGACAAAACACAGACUCAGCGCGUGCUCGCAGCCGAGCGGCAGAAACACGACGACGUCGUGGCGGCGCUUCAGACAAGCUACCGUCGGGACGCCGCGCAGUGGAAAAACGAGAAAGCGGCGGCUGACGCCCGCAUCGCGCUGUUGGAGCGGAGACUGCAGGCCGAAAAGGCCCAAUUCGUCGAGCUGCGCGUGUCCGAUGCGUUAGCUCAGGAGUUCCAAAAGCAAGACAAGGAUCUGCUGACGCUGGCCGAGUUUGUCCAAAUGCGUGUGUAUGAGCUCAUCCAACCUCAUGUGAGCGCAGCGGACCGUGCGGCAAAGGACCUGGACGUGCUCGCUUCUCGCCAUGCCGAGUGUGCGACGGCAAUCGCAGACUUGGAGCGCACGGCCCGGAUCGCCAAGCAGCACGAGGACCGAACCGCGCGUGCACUGAAGGACAUGGAGACGGAGCGGAACGGCUUGGCCCAGCAACUCGAAGCUGUCCAGGCCGCGUUGCUUGAGCAACGUCGAAUGCAAUCGACACAAGCGGUUGACGACGGCGUGAACUGGCGAGAAAAAUUCACAUCUACCGAUAUCGAGCUGGCGCGAACGAGGCAGUGCGUCGGCGGGUUGCAAGUGGAAGUCGACCAACUCACGCAAAAGGUCCAGCUCUUGAGCGGGGACAAGGCGUUCUUAAUGCAAGAGAAAGAAGCCGCGAUGGAUAAAAUCCUCAAGUUGUCGAGUGCGCUGGACGAGGCCACCGCCAACUGCCGCCGGCUCGAGCUGUCCAAGGAGACGUUUCUCGAGCAACUGGAAAAGACUCGAGAAGAAAGCCGUGUCCUGUUUGAGCACCGCAUGGAAGUUGAGCUGGCCAAGCUUCAGGACGCAUCACGAAAGGAAAUGGAAUUGCUUCGAGACAACGGCAAGCACCUGUACGAGCGGGAGAAUCGCUUGCUGCGGGAAGCUCGGAUGGACGCGCAGAGCCAAGUGGACCAUCUCCAAAAGAAGGUUGCCGAGUUGCAGCAUGCGUACGAAGACAAGGUGCUGGAACUGACGCGGCUGGACGCCAAGGCCACCACCGAGUUGGCCGCGGUCCGCAACGACCUCAAGAUCAAGCACUUUGAACUCGCGCAACUCGGCCGGCAGUUUGACGAGAAGAGCCAGCAGCUCCAUCAGGCGCAUUUGGAGAACGACAUGCUCAAGCAAAAGGUGGACGUGCACAAAGCCGGGUUUGCGAAACUGGAAGCAACGACGGGAAAGCAGAUCACGGAGUUGCAGGUCGCGGUAGCGGCAGAGCGCGAGAAACUCGAGGCAUACGACAAGCUCGAAGUCGACAUGGACAAUGCGAUUUUGCAGUCGGUCUCAGACGAUGCGUCGGCAACGUUUGCCAUGAUACCGACCGCGCCAAAGCGACGGGUGCGUGUAAACACGUAGAUGGACUCAAGGAAUCGUCGGCGUAGUUUCAACAGUGCGUGGCGUUGGCGCAGAAAGUUGUCCAGCACGAGCAGCACCUUGCCGUCCUUGCAAAGCAACUCGAACAAAGCGAAUUGGAACGCGAGCAACUGGCCACCGAACUCGCGACGGCGCGGCAAACCGUCCACCACAUGCACCAGCCCCAGCAAUUUCUGGUGGAGUCGCUCCAUGCCAAGGAAGAAGCAGUCCGAACGCUCCAAGGCCAACUCGAGCGCGUGCAGGAAGCAUAUGCCCGACAACAACGAGAAACACACGAGCAACUCCAAGCAAAGCUGGCAUUGCAAAACCAGCUGCAGCAACUCUUGAGUCGCCGACACGAGCUGGAUACGCUCAAAAACAUGGUGUUGAAGGCGCAGCGGCCAUCCACGCCACCGCUGGUGGAAACGUGUGCGAGCAACUCCAGCCCUCACUGCCAACCUGACCAAGCAACGAACACCCAAGUCAAUGUUCCCAAGUGGUAUCUCAAGCUGCGGCAGCAGCAGUCGUCGGCCACAACAUGACCACGGAAUGUAACCGAGGGGGGCGUACGAUUGUUCCGUGUCUAUCGUAGUGGCGCCGCCGCACAUUCGUUUCGCCACCACCUCGAGAUCGCCGAGGAAAUUGCCGCCAACGAAACAGUAUACAAACGAAGCGGUCGUAGCAGGUCCAUGACGAGAGUGACAGGAAGCAG